ACUCGGGAGCGCCCCAUUGCGUCACAGUGCUGACGCUUACCUUAUGUAUACAUGGUGUAUACAACAGGGAGGCUAUGGUAUUUCGAAAAUGCCAUUCUCAGUCGAGAAAAUAAAAUACAGGAGACCGCCACAGGCACUACUAGUGCUUGCCCAUCUCAUUAAUAAUUUUUAUUCUUUGCCAUAUUAUUCAUGUGAAACGCAGUCAACCACAGGCACCAAUAUUAAACAUCAUGUCAUCAAAUGACGAUAAGGCACCUCAGCAACCCAACGAGGGAGGCGAGACGAGGCAAGAACAACCAGAGCAGACGUCUUCGCAAGCCGGGCAAACACAAGACGAAGUGAAAAGGGAAGAUGAUCAACACUACGACGAAACGAUACAAAAUAACGGAAAACAACGGGAGAAUAUCAAACAAGAAGAGAAUGAGAGUGCAAAUUCCCGAGCUCAAUCUCCGGUGAAAUCCGAGGUGAAGCCUCCACCUCAACCACCUAGGCCGGCGCGUGUCGAAUCACAGAAGCCAAGUCGAUCGCGACGACGCCGCCGCAAUAAUCAACCAUCGUGGAUGGAAGAAGACGACAAAGAGAACGAUUAUGAGAAACAGGUAGCGCCUCGUCCACCGCGCCGGGCCCCAUCCCAGUAUCAACAGCAGCAGCAGAUGCCGAUGCAACAACAGCCAAUGCAGCAAGUCCAACAACAACCCCAGAAGGAUAGUGGUGGAAAGAAUCCGCUCAAGUUGCGGUUGGAUCUCAACCUCGAGAUAGAGGUAACGCUAAAGGCCCGGAUCCACGGUGAUCUGACCUUGGCUCUCUUCGAUACUUAGGGAGAUAAGUCAAUAACUAACAGCCUUGCUUGCCGCUAACAGGGAAGGUCUGUGAGCCUGUAUUAACAUACCACAUGCUAGGUAUGCAAGGGGAGAUGGAUGACAAGUGACGGGGCAGCCGGGACCGGCGGCUUUCAGUGAUAUCCCGUCUCGUAUCCAUUUAGAGACGAGGGUCAUACCUUUGGGUUAGGAUAUUCGGCACGUGAUUGCUCUCUUCCGCAGUUCCGGUACUGUAGAUCAUCUAGAUCCUGAUCGAUAUCGGGCAUGUCAACCGGAUUGAGCAGGACUAAUGCAAAUUACAUAUGUAGCUACUUAAUUGUUUAUAAUUAUAAAAGCGCCUAUGAGGGUCCCAUGCACAGAGGGGGGAGAUAUUUCUAAUUGAUAGGGGGGAACUGGAUAAUACAAUAUUUCGACAAAAAUUUGGCUGUUGUAAACCUAAGAUGCUUUAAAUUCUCCUGGAAUCUUUUGUGAACUGCGGUGCUAGAGACUCCUCAAGUAAGUGAAUUAAUUCUGAGCAUGGGAAG